AUAUGUGUGUGUGUGUGGGAUUUCCCUAGACCUAUAUACCCACCUGUUCACACUUAUCUGGUCUUCUGAUACUAUAUAAGGGGCAGCUUUGUGCAUAGCUGUCUCAGGACUAAACAAGGAUUUUCUCCAGAAGUGAGGAUGCUGCGUUUGCUGUGUCUCACAGUGCUGACCUUGGCCCUGCAACCGGUACUCUCCCUCUAUAACUGCUCCUCCCUUUAUGAGAGGGUGCCAGAUAAUAAUGACCUGAAAGUGGAUUGCGGAGUCAGCAUUAUCAAACUGGAGGUUAACCUGUGCACAGCACAGUGGGCUGGUUUUGACCCCACCGGCCUGGCCCUGAAUGGCAUGCACAAUAGUAGCCAGUGCAAAGGCACUAUAGACACCAGUGUGUACCCUCCUGUCAUCCGGUAUCAACUAGCGGUCAAUGACAGUGAGGGCAACCUGUGCCGACAGUCACUUCAGAUUGUAAACGAGGUUCCCAGUGCCUCUGGACCUUUCAGCCAGUUCUCCACCAUCCAGUCGGUCAUCAUCACCAGCUACAUUGACACCCCAACCUCCUCAACAGGUGUUAUCAGCUAUUCCACAGACCUCUACUAUCACUUCUCCUGCCGUUACCCUCUGGAGUACCUCAUCAAUGACACCAUGAUAAUGGCAUCAUCAGUGUCAGUCGCCACCAAUGACAAAAAUGGAAGCUUUAUUGAUAGUCUCAGCAUGAACGUGUACAAUGAUUCUACCUUUUUCUAUCCUUUGGUGGUUCCACCUAAUGGACUACAACUGCGAACCAAGGUCUAUGUAGAGGUCAAAGCAGUUAAUCUUUCUGGGAACUUUAAUCUCCUCCUGGACCACUGCUUUGCAACUCCAUCACCUUACAGAUACAACAACAGUGAACAACUUGACUUUUUCACUGUAUGUAACUAUGACCCACGGACUACUGUCCUGAGCAAUGGGGUCUCCAAAAACAGCAGGUUCUCCUUUGAGGCAUUUCGUUUCGUAGAGCAUCGCAACCAAGACAAGUCCUCCAUCUUCCUUCACUGCAUACUGAGACUCUGUGAGCCUGACAAAUGCCUGAAUAUUAUCAGCGGUUGCAAUGGUAGAAGAAAGAGAUCUGUGGAAGUGGAGUCUGGACAACCGAACACAGCUACUUUGUCAAUGGGGCCACUUUAUACAGCUGCCCAAACUGCUGUGCCAACUGCCUCUGCUUAUGCAGGAGGCACUGGAGUGUCCAAUAAAAGCCAGGAUAACAUGGCAGGAGUGGUGGUAGGGGCAAUUUUUGCCUCUGCUGGUGCAUUGCUACUCGUUCUGGCUGGAUGGUUUGUGCUGAAGAAGGUUUGGUAGGAUGGUGACCUACGUUAUGUUUUCAAAUAAAGGAGCCAGAAGCCUGUCAUCUGCUCUGGGCUUAAGCAGCAAAAUUUGAUCCACCUGAUAAGACAGCUUAGUAUCUCAUAGCACCUUAAUGAAGCAGGAAAGGUGCUUGAGUAUGUCCAAAGGUCCACACAAUUCAAACACAUAUAUUUGUAAAUGCAUGAAGGAACUACAAGGAGAUCAUUAAAGAUUUUUUAAUCUUGUGCUUCAGAUUAUAAAAAGUAUUUUCAAAUCAUCCCAAUGUGUAAAUACAACAUUUGUGUUUUAGAUAACUCCAAGUAUUUAGAUGAUGGUUUAUAAUAAUAAAAUGGUUUAUUAUUGCACUUACAUUUGAAGAUAUGCCACAUUUAGCAUU